CGGUGCCACCCCUCCACCGAGCGGCAGCGCCCGCCCCUUCCGCUUCCGCCGCCAGAGCUGCCGCCAUGAUCGGGGACCUGCUGCUCUGCGGGACGCUGCUGGUGAACGCCGGGGCCGUGCUCAACUUCAGGCUGAGGAAGAGGGACACGGAGGGGUUCGGCGAGGAGGCGAGGGAACCCACGACCGGUGACAACAUCAGAGAGUUCCUGCUGAGUCUCAGGUAUUUUCGAAUCUUCAUUGCCCUCUGGAAUAUCUUCAUGAUGUUCUGUAUGAUUGUGUUAUUUGGAUCUUGAAGACCAUCCACGAACCCAUCUGUUGACUUGGAAGAGACUUUUGGCUGGGAACCAUUUUUCUAUGGAGUACAAGAUGACGCUUUCCACACACAGCCCUGGACCGUGGCCUGGCCAUGGGCGCGAGCUCCUCACGCGCUCACCCUCUCCAGCCCCUCCUGUACCGCGGUGUGUGCCCUCCGCUUCCAGCCGGCGGCUGAGCCUUGAGGCCCCUGGGCCAAAACCUUCACAAUUGUUUCAACUUCACUGAAAUAGAGAACUCAAGAGUCGUUUUGCUCAGCUUAGAGCAGGCAGGGGGAGAACUGGAGGGUCCUGAAACCCUGCAGGGUCAGUGGAUGUGGCUCCUAAUGUCACCCUUGUCCGUAUCGCUUGCAAGCCACACUUCUCAAGCCUCUUAAGGUUGAGCAUGGUGUUGGUGUCACUUCUCGCUACUCCAGUUUCGUUUGUUGGGAGAAAUAGAGAAGGCUGAUUGAAAACAAUGGGAUUCUCAACUUCCAGUUUGGGUUUUUUUCCAACAAAAUACUUUUUAAAUUAAAAUUUCAAAGUGAAGAUUUUUUUUUUUCUAAGCAAUAUGUAAGGGAUAAAUAGCAAAAUAAUUCUGUAAGCCAAUGUGAAGGCAUCAAUUUUGGAAGUAUCUUGGAUUUGGUUGAAUAAAGUUGCUUUAUUUAAGGGUA